UACGUUUCUUACACAAUUUAUUCAAAGUUGUCUCCGCUCUCUCUCUCUCUAUAAAUUCCUUCAUCGCGUCCAUCACCUGGAAUUGGAGGGAAAGAGGAUGUCGAAGGUUCUUCCUUACGCUGUGCAAGAUGUCCACUACGACAAUGCCAAGUUUCGUCAUAGGUCCUUCUUCAAGGUGAUUACUCAAGCUCUUCUUACCAGUGGCAUGAGACGGGAUUGUGGGACUUGCAGUACCGGAAAAUUUUUGGCCUUGUUGAUGGUUGCUGGUUUGACAUAUCUAAUGGUAUCACAUAGGUCUUCCAUAAAUUAUACAUCUGAUGGAUUAGUGAAAGAUAUUGCAAAGGGGGGAGACAAACUCAUCAGAGAAGGUGCUAUCGAGUCCUUAAAAAAUCUUUGGAGAAGAGCACCUAGACUUCCUCCAAGAUUGUCUCCUGGUGAGAGUCAGAAUGGAACCUUGGAGUGGGUAAACCGGCGGGAUAGGGUAAAGGCAGCAUUUGUUCAUGCAUGGAAAGGCUACAGAAGUUACGCAAUGGGCUAUGAUGAGCUUAUGCCAAUGAGUAAACGAGGAGUUGAUGGCCUAGGAGGUCUUGGGGCCACUAUUGUGGAUUCUUUAGAUACGGCUAUUAUCAUGGGUCUUGAUGAUGUCAUUGAAGAAGCAGGGACUUGGAUAGAGAAAAAUCUCCCUGAAAGAAUCAGAGAGAAAGGCCAGGUGAACCUAUUUGAGACAACCAUUCGGGUGCUGGGGGGACUACUUAGUGCCUUCCAUUUAAGUGGAGGACAAAGAGGAACAGCUACAAAUUGGGGUGCUCUGAAUGUGGUAAAAGGGCCCAAACCUGAGGUUUACCUGGAGACAGCGAAGAAUAUAGCAGACCGCCUGCUAUCUGCCUUUACUUCAAGCCCAACUGCUGUUCCUUUCUCUGAUGUUGUUCUUCGUGAUAGAUCGGCACAUCCAGCUCCUGACGGUUUGAGCAGUACUUCUGAAGUUUCUACUCUGCAGCUUGAGUUUUGCUAUCUUAGUAAUAUUUCUGGUGAUCCAAAAUAUGGGUUGGAAGGCAUGAAGGUCCUGCAGCACUUGCGUUCGCUUCCAAAAGUGGAAGGGCUUGUACCAAUAUAUAUCAGCCCUCACUCUGGGCAAUUCAGUGGAGACAAUAUUAGGUUGGGAUCUCGUGGAGACAGCUACUAUGAGUAUUUGCUUAAAGUUUGGCUUCAGCAUGGAGAAAGUCGAGAUAAUGUGAAGUAUUUGCAUAGCAUGUAUGAAGAUGCAAUGAAGGGUGUUAGACACCUCCUUGUUCAGAGAUCAGUUCCCAAGGGAUUGGUUUUUGUAGGGGAGCUUCCUUCUGGAUCAAAAGGGGCCUUCAGUCCUAAAAUGGACCAUCUGGUUUGCUUUCUUCCAGGGACUCUUGCUCUUGGUGCUACAAAAGGCCGUACCAAGAAGAAAGCAGUGGAAGAUAACAUGAUGACCAUGGAUGACUUCCAAAAUUUGAAGCUUGCUGAAGAGCUGGCAAAGACAUGUUAUGAGAUGUACUCUGUGACCUCUACUGGUCUUUCUCCGGAAAUUGCUUACUUCCGGACAGAGGGAAACACUGAAGAUGGCCUUAGUGGUGGGAAUAAAAGCUCAGAGUAUGUGGACGAUAUUAUUAUCAAGCAUCCUGAUCGCCAUAAUCUUUUGCGCCCCGAAACUGUGGAAUCUCUGUUUGUAUUGCAUCGCAUUACAGAAGAUCCAAAGUAUCGUGAAUGGGGUUGGCAGAUUUUUCAGGCCUUUGAGAAGUACACGAAGGUUGAGUCUGGAGGAUACAGUUCUUUGGACGAUGUCACCACACUCCCCCCUUCUAAAAGAGACAAGAUGGAAACCUUCUUCUUGGGGGAAACCUUAAAGUAUUUGUACCUGUUGUUUGGGGAGAACAACAUCCUGCCACUGGAUAAGUUUGUUUUCAACACAGAGGCUCAUCCUUUUCCAAUUGACUGGACUAGUAAACAAGCAUGAUGUGGAUAUCUGAACCCUUCUUGAGUUUUGUAAAGGAUAUCGAGCAUGAGGUGCCCUCAGGUUCUCUUGGUUUGAAGCAGAAUCUGGUUGGUUUAUUGGGCUAUACUUGAUUGUUCUUUAUGCCCUGCCAUGGAGGACGAGGCCUUGAGGGAUAACAAUAAAGGGAACAUCCACUGACUGAAAUAUGCACUUUUUACUGAGCCCGUUUGUAGAAGUUAUUACGGGAAUGAUAUUAAAGCCCAUUAUCAGUGAUAUAUUAGAAGGAGUUUUCUUAUCAAGCUUGUUUGCAGAAGUUAGUAGUAGAACUGAGAUUGAAUUCCAUUUCCUGUCACCAUUGGGAACAUUUGGUGGUCGGUUUUAUUUUUUUUUUCUCUGCCCUUUACUGGAUUUCUGGGUAAUACAAAUGAUUGGAUUUUUUUUGGUCUUGUAAGGUGUAUGUGACAGAAUAAGCAAGGAAAAGAAAAUUUUCUUUUUGAGAUAUA